ACUAAAGGUGAUCCGUGGCACUGGACCUGUUUCAUUGCAGUGUUAAAAUAUGUUUGUAAGUCUAACUCUCACAGUAUGUAUGCUUUCGGUGUUUUCUGUAUGUGGAAUAAUUGGGAAUGUCCUUGUACUUGGAAUUUAUCGACACAGACGAAAUACAACGGCUAGGUUCUUUAUCAUCACACUUGCAAUAGCAGACAUAUGUUCUUGUUUAAUUUUAAUACCGUUGACAAUUGUUACCGAAUCGCUUUUUUAUCAAUUACAAUACGAUGCUGUGUGCAAGAUGUACAACUUCUUGCUUGUAUGCAAUGUGCAAUUUUCCGUGUUUUUGAUGGUGAUCAUUUCGAUUGACAGGUACUUUUGCAUAUGCCAUCCUUUUAAAAAUGUGAUCAACACAUUUCGAGCAAAGGGCAUAGUGAUUUGCCUGUUAGCUGUUACAUCUGUAUUUGGAAUUUUCGAUUCAUGGAGUUACUCGAUUGUUGACAUUAAAGCGUCUCCAGAACCACCAACAUCAUUUUCAUUGUUGAAGAAAUAUAACAACACGACAAGUUCAUCGCAAACACCAUCGUUGUUGAAUAUUUCGUCGUACCAAAUCGAGCAAGGGGGCAACGUUACAGUAUCAAGCAGAAGCGAGAGGAAGGGAGACAGUUUCUGCAUGCCUAAUCUUGACAACAUGGAGUAUUACAGAUCAGUGAGAUAUACGUAUGCAAGUUCGUACCUAAUAUCAGCUGUUACGGUGCUUGUGUUCUAUGGACUGAUAUUCCGUUUUAUACACAAUCAUAGAUCUCGAAAUAAAAAAAUAUUACAGCCAGCUUACAUCCUUGAAAGCGAUGCAAGUGCUACAGCGAUUCAGGACAUUCAUAUAACGAAUGAUAACACUAUCAGCAUAGCUGCACGUACGCCAAGAGAUACGGAUAGAAACCAAACCUCCAAUAUUAGAACAGCCGCAAUGUUGUUCGCUUCUUCUAUUGUUUUCAUUACAACUUUUCUUCCAGCGUGGCUCAUGGCAUUAGAUGCAAUUGAAUUUAAUGUUAUAAUAUUUUAUAUGUACUUCAUCAGCCAUGCAUCUAAUCCAUUUAUUUAUGUGUUCAUGAGUAGAUCCUUUAGGCGUGAAUUGAACCAAACUUUAAAAUUACCCUUCUGGAAGAGGUAAUAAGAGUAUGUAACCGUUCUCUCCCAGAAAGUAUAACACCCGUUUCUGCUUUUAAUUUUUAUGGUGAGCACAUUUUUUUUCGAGAUGGCAUUAUGAAGUCUUGCCCAGAGCAAAAUUUAAGAUUUUUUGUGGCAUUGUUAUAGAGUUAUCUACCCAUCUUCUUUAUUUUUUAAAAGUGCAGCACAUGAAUCUUAACCGUUGUCACAUCCUUGUAAAAUCAUCUCCCCAAAUAAAGCUAGGCUAAUUCAACAAAAAUAACCAUUGCGAACAUAAUGAAUCGGUAAACAUUGACUGAAGACUAAUCGAAAAAAAAAUGAAGGAAUAACCAUAGCGAACAAAAUAAAACGGAUAACAUUGACAGUGGUACAAAGAUGAACAAUUGUAUAUAUUUUGUAUCAUUUUGCAGCGUUUUCUCCAAUUAGAAUGCAAACAUCUUUUAAUAUGUAUCUGCAUCACCUCUAUAUAAUAGAAAAUUGAAAUGAUAUUGUUUUUAUUAUUGCCUUUCUUUCAGCAUGCCGAUUAUUACUGUACAAAAGAAAUCAUUAUUCACGUAGAUCUUUACAUACUGGUAGUCGGGAACCUUGCUUGUCGGUAUAUAGAAAACGUGCAUGCAUAUUUUGGUAGCAUAGACCCACUUGUAUGUGUUGGAUGCGAUUGAUGGCUUCAAACAAACUUUUGUAAAAACGGGAUA